AUUACUCCUCAAUUUGAGCCCAAACUCAAAUUUGACCUAAAAACACCAUCCAAUUUCUUCUUCUUCAAAAUUUCAAAAUAUUUCUAAAUCUUGCUAAAUAUGGUUGAUUUGGAUUGGAAAGCAAAAAUGGUCUCCUCAGAUAUACCCAGCAAAUCCCCCAGGCUCUCCAACAAGCUCCACCACCUCUCCAUCCCCGGCUCCUUCCGCGCCGCCCAAAUCCAGUCCGACAUUUCCCCCGCCUCCGAGCAGGCCUGCUCCACCUACGAACACUACCUCCGCCUCCCCGAGCUCCGCAAGCUCUGGUGCUCCACCGACUUCCCCGCCUGGAAAAGCGAGUCCAUUCUCAAGCCCGCUCUCCAGGCUCUCGAGAUCUCUUUCCGGUUCGUCUCCACCGUCCUCUCCGACCCGAGGCCCUACGCCAACCGGAGAGAGUGGCGGCGCCGCCUCGAGUCGCUUAUUACUAGUCAGGUUGAGCUCAUCGCUUUGUUGAUCGAGGACGAUGAGGAGGACAGCGAGACGCGCGGAGCGGCGCCGAUCGUUGAUCUGAGCACGUCCGGCGGCGCGUUGGCUCGCAACGGGAGCUUGGCCGAGGUGUGGAGGGGCUCCGGCCAGAGCACGGUGGUCAGCCGGACCAGCGAGGCCAGCCUGCUGCCGCGGCUCUCCGCGUGGCAGAAGUCGGAGUCGAUGGCGCAGAAGAUCCUGUACUCGAUCGAGUGCGAGAUGCGGAGCUGUCCUUACACUCUUGGACUCGGCGAGCCGAACCUCGCCGGAAAACCGAACCUGGAUUACGACGCCGUUUGCAAGCCGUCGGAGCUGCAUUUGCUAAAGAGGAGCCCGUACGAUAGCCACAUCGACAACCUAGAGAACCAGGCGGUGUACACCACGCACCAGGUCCUGGAGUCGUGGGUGUUUGCCUGCCACGAGCUCCUGAAGCGCGUGAACCGCCGCGUCGAGUCCAGCGACUUCGAAAAGGCCGCCACCGACUGUUACCUGAUCGAGCGCGUCUGGAAGCUUCUGGCGGAAAUCGAGGACCUCCACCUGUUAAUGGACCCGGAGGACUUUCUCCGGCUCAAGAACCAGUUGAAGAUCAAGACGGUGGACGAUACGGAGUCGUUUUGCUUCAGGUCGAAGGGACUGGUGGAGAUCACCAGGCUGUGUAAGGACUUGAAGCACAAGGUUCCGAACGUGCUGGGAGUGGAGGUGGACCCGAUGGGCGGGCCGAGGAUCCAGGAGGCGGCGAUGAGGCUCUACUCGGAGAAAACCGGGUCGGAGAAGAUCCAUCUCCUUCAGGCGAUGCAGACUGUAGAAUCGGCGGUGAAACGUUUCUUCUUCGCGUACAAGCAGGUGCUGGUGGUGUUGAUGGGGAGCUUGGAGGCGAAAGGGAACCGGGUCGUGGUGAGCCCGGAGUCCGGCGACGCGCUGAGUCAGAUAUUCCUGGAGCCGACGUAUUUUCCGAGCUUGGACGCCGCGAAGACGUUUCUGGGGGACGGUUUGAGUCACGAAAUCGUUUCGGAGAGACGGACGCGGAGGACUAGGUAGGGGUUGACUGUAUUUGGAUGUGGACACGGGUUGUGGAAUCGGGUUUGACCCGGGGACUUGUGUAGGAUUAUAUCAUCAUUGAAGGAAAACAUAUUCUUUUUGCUACUUUUUCGGUUUUUACCUCUUGGGAUGGAAGCUUGUAAAAUAUUACAGUUCUUAUAAAAUAUUUGAUUUUUUCUAA